GUCGCGGACAAGCACUAUGACGGGCGACGCUCUGGCGCGCACGGGUUUGGCGUGGAUCAUGCAGAUGGUGGGCCGGGCUCGGGGGGAAUGUUUGGCCGCCGGAGGAAGCUCCCACUCUGGAUGUUUGAGCGACACGUUGAGAAUACAACAGAAAAUCCGUGGCUACUCAUCGUUCGCCGGUGGGCUGAAUAAUGGCGGUGAGAUCCAUAGAACCGUUACCAAGAGGGCCAGGUGGCCUUUGGCUUGGGCCUUCAGAAGGAUGCUCGCUCAGGACAACUCCUCUGUUGGGAGGCUGUCAGAGGAAGACAUGGACAGAGCGAGGGCUGCCAAGAGUGCUCACCUCAAGCCCUACAAGCAAGUGCUCUGUAAGAAUGCACGCGAGAGGAAAGUGCCCAUUACUCGGAUUGGACGCCUGAUGAGCUUUGGAAGCCUGGCUGUGGGACUUGGCAUUGGUGCAAUUGCUGAAGCAGCCAAGAAGAAGUUGAAUCUUCAACAACAACAAGCCAAUAAAAAGUCUGUCCUAGACUCCAACACUUUCCUGUCUGAAGCCAACGCUGAGAGAAUUGUGCGGACGCUGUGCAAAGUUAGAGGAGCUGCUCUCAAAUUAGGACAGAUGCUCAGCAUUCAAGAUGACGCUUUCAUCAACCCUCAGCUGGCCAAAAUCUUUGAACGGGUUCGACAGAGCGCCGACUUUAUGCCUACCAAACAGAUGAUGAAGGUGAUCAGCAGCGACCUGGGCCUCGACUGGCGGAAGAAUUUGGAAUACUUUGAGGAGAAGCCGUUUGCCGCCGCCUCUAUCGGUCAAGUGCAUUUGGCCAAGCUAAAAGACGGCAGAGAUGUCGCCAUGAAGGUUCAGUAUCCUGGCGUGUCCAAGAGUAUCAGCAGCGACGUGAACAACAUCAUGACACUCCUGAGUUUAAGCAACGCGCUGCCUGAAGGUCUGUUCCCUGAGCAUAUGAUCCAGGUUAUGAGCAGAGAGCUGGCCCUGGAAUGUGAUUACGUCAAAGAGGCCAAAUGUUGCACAAAGUUCCAAGAGUUGCUAAAGGAUCACCCUUUCUUCUACGUGCCCGAUGUAAUCGCCGAGCUGAGCGGCCAGCGUGUACUCACCACCACACUGGUGAGCGGCUUCCCCCUGGACCGCGCCACUGACCUCCCGCAGGAACUCCGGAACGAGAUCUGUGAGCAAAUCCUCAUUUUGUGCCUGAGGGAGCUUUUCGAGUUCCGCUUCAUGCAGACGGAUCCCAACUGGUCCAACUUCUUCUAUGACCCGCACAAGCAUAAGGUAGCGCUGUUGGACUUUGGAGCUACGCGGGAAUUUGACAAAGGUUUCACAGACGUCUACAUUGAGAUUAUCAACGCAGCUGCACAUCAAAAUAGAGAGGAAGUCCUGCAGCGCUCCAGAGACAUGAAAUUACUCACCGGAUUUGAAUCUAAGGCAAUGGAGAACGCUCACGUGGACGCCGUGAUGAUUCUGGGUGAGGCCUUCUCGUCGACGGAGCCGUUUGACUUUGGCACUCAGAGCACCACGGAGCGCAUCCACCGCCUCAUUCCGGUGAUGCUUCACGAACGCCUCGCACCGCCGCCAGAGGAGACGUACUCGCUGCACCGCAAGAUGGGCGGCUCUUUCUUGGUCUGCUCCAAACUCAAAGCCCAAGUGGCGUGCAGGGAUAUGUUUCGAGAAACCUACACGCGCUACUGGAAGGAUGGACGGCCCAACUGAGGAGCUUUUGGCCCCGCCUCCAUUUUGAAACACACAAUUGAUCACCACCAUGUGAUACAGGACUAAUGUGAUCUUAAUGACUUCACAUAUUUACAGCCUAUUUUUGCAAACGAUGUCCCAAUACAUCAGUACUUAAAAUUAAUAAAAUGUCUGAUUCUU